UGGAACUUAUGAUCGUUCAAUGACUCCAACAAAGAACAUUGGACUUCCAGAUUCCUUGCUUUCUCGUUUUGAUUUACUCUUUAUUGUAUUGGAUCAAAUGGAUGCUGAUAUCGAUCGUCAAAUCUAUGAGCAUGUCUUGAGAAUGCACCGUUUUCGCUCUGCUAUUGAUGGAGGGGAGGCAGCUCUUGAUGGAAGUACAAGAUGUGGAAGAGAAGAUGAAGCUGAUGUCGACUCAUCUGUUUUUGUCAAGAAUAACCGCGUGCUACAUGGGAGAAAAACACAAAGAGGUCGGAAGUGUGAUACUCUUACCAUAAAUUUCCUCAAAAAGUAUAUUCAUUGUGCAAAACACAGGAUUCAGCCUGAUCUGACUGAUGAGGUUGGGCCAAUUCUUUUCUUUUACUAAUAUAUUUAUUUUCCA